CAGGAAGUGUGUGUUCAUCGGUCCCAUGCGUUGCUGCUCACUCGUUCAUUCAUUCUUGAAACGACAACUUUAGCUCUAUUACAUAUUGUGGUUUCUCACGCAACACGGACAUUAUUGUGUGUUUAGGAUACGAUCAAUUAUCUUUCCCAAAUAAACCAAAGACGGAAACUGUGGUGUCUCUGCAGGCAAACAUUAACGCUAGCGAGCUCACUUAGAAAUCGCGCUGAAGUCGUUUGUAAAGUCCCCCUGUAAAGUUCUAGUGCGUUAUCUGAAUGAAGAGUGCAGUAGAUACUAGCAUGAUCAAGGAGAACCGAUGGAAUAUACCCCCCAAUGCUCCAGCAUGCAUGGAGAAGCAUCUGUGCUCGGUGCAGUAUAGAGCAGAUGGCACUCUGCUGCUCGGUGCCUCCAGUCUCAGUGGCAGGAGCUGGCAGGGAUCUGUGUGGGUCUACAGUGACCCUGCACAGGCCCCCAAUGAGGAGCUCUGCAAAGCUGGUGUGCAGACUGAGUCUGGAGUCACAGAUGUCAAAUGGGUAUCAGAAAAGGGUGUUGUUGUUGCAUCAGACUCAGGUGCCUUGGAGCUCUGGGAAUUGGCAGAGGACGAGCGUCUGCUGGUGAAUCGCUUCACCAAACACGAGCAUGACCACAUUGUCACCACAGUGAGCCCAGUUACUGGAGCAAGCAGUGCUGUCACCGGCAGCAUGGACUGUCGAAUUAAAAUUUGGGAUCUCAGUCAGCAGAUGGUUGUCACUACCUACAAUGUGCACACACAGCCAGUCAAUUGUGUUGCCUGCAGUCCUACAGAAGAGUCUCUUUUUAUCUCCUGUGGUCAAGAUGGCCGUGUGCUGAUGUGGGACAGGAGAAAGCCAAACAAACCAGCCUCUAGAAUAGAUGUAGAGUCUCCCAUCUGCGCCCCUACCACUGUAGCUUGGCACCCCCACCACAGAAGCACCAUUGCUUUUGGUGAUGAGCUGGGCAGAGUGAGUGUGAAGGAUUUCCUGGGAACAGAGCCGCCCAAGGUGGAGAACGUCCACAACCGCAGAGUUAACGGGCUCGCCUUCUCUACACAUAGUGCCUCCAUGCUGGCCUCCACAAGUGAUGAUUGUUCCCUCGUUGUUCUGAACUCUGAACUCCGUGAAAUACUUAGAGAUCGACAACACCAGGACUUUGUCAAAGGUGUGAGUUGGCUCCACAGUGGCUCCAACACUCUCACAACCGUAGGAUGGGAUCACCUUGUGCUUCACCACACAGUGGAUAUCGCUGCUGAAGCUCCCAACUCCUCCUCUUAGACCCAACAUAUGCUUGGAAGAGCACAAUUUAAAACAACUACUCCACCCCCUAUUUUUGAGGGCUGUCCAUGCGUAUCCAAAAAGUUAAAUACAAUAUGUCAUUCAGGAAAUAAAGUGUUUCGUUGUCAUUUAGUAAUCCAGAUAUGUGCACGAUAUUUGAACUUGGUGCAUUACUACACUACUGUACGGCCUCUCCCUUCCACUUUUUUCAUACUGUAUUGCAUUUGUGUAAUUACACUUAAAAUAUUGCAUAGUUUUCCAUUAAAGGUAACUUAAUAUUGUGAUAGCAAGA